CCUUCAGGGAGCUGGGACACGGUCAUACAGGGUUUAAUACAUUUGACAGGAGUCCCUGUCACAGGCCAGCCUUCUGAGGAGGAGUCCGCCAGGAGACAUUUAAAUAACACAAGCGACGUUAGUUAGUCAAAACUGCUAAGUAAUCUGAUUUAUAUCGGCUAAUAACGUAGCUGUGGAGAAGCAGCCUCUGUAGAGACUUCCUCCUAGCUCUGUAGCAUGUGGCGGGUAUCCAAUGUUCUCCAAAUGUCUUAGUUUACGUGAACUCGUUUCUCUCCUGCUGACCUGAGGCCAGAGGAGUUGUAAGGGCUGAAGUCUUGUCUCACUAUGUUGUCUUCCUUCCAAGGGAAGCUGGUGCGAAACGGAGAGGAAAAGAAAGCAGUGAUCUGUAUCGAGGGGAACAUUGCCAGUGGGAAGACAACAUGUCUGAAUUAUUUCAGCGAAACUACCAAUAUAGAGGUCCUUACUGAACCGGUCUCUAAAUGGAGGAAUGUCCGUGGACACAACCCUCUGGCUCUGAUGUAUGAGGAUCCUGAGCGCUGGGGCAUCACACUGCAGACCUAUGUUCAACUUACCAUGCUGGAUAGACACCUGUCGACCAUAUCAUCUCCUGUCAGGAUGAUGGAGAGGUCCAUCUUCAGUGCCAAGUACAUCUUUGUGGAGAAUCUCUUCAGAAGUGGAAAAAUGCCAGAGGUGGACUACACUGUUCUCAGCGAGUGGUUUGAUUGGAUCACAACCAACAUUUCCAUUCCUGUUGAUCUGAUUGUCUACCUGCAGACGUCUCCUGAGACCUGCCAUGAGAGGCUGAAGCAGAGAUGCAGAGAGGAGGAGAAAGUCAUUCCACUGGAGUACCUGGAGUCCAUCCACCAGCUGUAUGAGGACUGGCUCAUUAAGCAAACGUCCUCCCCUCUUCCUGCCCCUGUUCUGGUUAUACCUGCUGACCAUGACCUCCAGAAGAUGCUGCACCAGUAUGAAGAAAACCGCGAUAAAAUCUUAUCAGCUAGCUACCUCUGACACCCAAACAUGCAGCUAAACACACACACAGUCAAACACAUCCCUACAUUGUGACAGAAGAUCUCAGAAAGCUGCUACUAACAAUUGUUACAUAUUUAAUCUGUUAAGAUUUUUCAUGACCAACUAUUUGAAUUUUGAGCAUUUUAAACUGCUUUGUCAUCAUGGGCCAACUUUGUAACGAACUGGUAAGGUAAAAGUUGUAAAAGCUUUUGAUAUAGACACAAAGCUAAUGUCAGACCAGAUCAUCAGCUUUAGUUUUCUUCAAGCUCCUUGAAUAUUUAGCUGCUUCAUUUUAUAUUGUGUCAUUUUGUUAUUUAUUAGUUUGCUUUGUAUUUCACCGUGUAAUGUAAUGCACUUGAAGUUUAUGACACAGAUUUUAAACCUUGUUGACAGCGUCAUUGAUCAAUGAUGCCAGUGGUUUACAAAGGGACCUCAGACACAUGAGUGUUUGAUCUGAAGUAACUGGAGUGUUAGUGACAGCCUCCACCUGCUACACACACACAGUGUGUUGUUUGACAUGUUUCUUUUUCUAUUUUAAGUAAAUUAUGCCCCCCGAUUUGGCAUUUUCUGA